UCCUUCGAAAGAGGACAGUGGAUUAUAACUGGUUCUCAGCAUGUAGCCAUGCAUCUUCCCAAAAAGGCUGGCCUGCCUGGUAGUCUUCUUUUAGACUUUUUUCUAAAGAUGUGGAUCCGCCCCUGCCUGAUUCCAUAUCUUAAACAUUGCCCGAGCACAUGAUCUGGGUGGUAUUUCUCUGUCGAUUAGCAGACAACGAGUGAGGAGUAGCUUUUUAACCUGCAGGAAAAAGUGGGAGAUAAACGUUGAUCCUGUCAAUCAAAAACUACAGAGUUUUUAGGCCGACCUUGCCGACAGAAAAACACAGAUGAAUUCCCUGUUUCUCCUGAGCUGUCUAAGCUCCACCUGGCUUCUCUUGGUAUACUCGCACAUGGUACUGGAGGACAAGCUAUCCACCAAUAUGUCUUCUUUCUCGAGUAUACAGAAUGGGAGCCUGUCAGAUGCUCCACCCAUCGUCAUUGUAGAGUUGCCCAAAACUGCAAAGAACAAAAUCAAGAAACCAAGAAAGAACAAAUUCAGCGUCAAAAACAAACGUCCACCUCCUCCCGCCAACUGCGUGCCAUUGUGGGGAAGCUGCAAAACCCCUAAUAAUGUGUGCUGUGAGUACUGCGCUUUCUGCCACUGCCGCCUUUUCAAGACUGUGUGCUAUUGUCGAAUGGGAAAUCCGCGGUGUUGAAGACAUGAAAGAAAAAUAACAAAAUAUUGGCAUAUUCACAAGGAGAGAAAAUGUCUAUGACUAGGCUUAUCAUACCAACUUGUUUGAUGUCUCACUUCUGAGGAUAAUGACCAAGGUUAAUUGAGGACAGAGCCUACAUGUGUAGGCCUAAAACCACACACAUCCUUGGACUAUCAUUCCAAAUUUGAGACAUUACAAAUAAUUGGAAUAAUAUUUAUCUCAAAAUGUAGAUGCCAUAUGAAGUAAAAAAAAAAGCGGCACCAGACAGGUUCCAUAAUUGUGUACUAGGACUUGCAAAAGGGAUUUUAAAUAGACUAGUUGACCCUUUCAUUAAAAUCUGUUACAUUUUAAAGUUUGGUGCCCUUUACGUAGACUACCUUUCCAUAAAUGGAGAAGUUGGCCUAGCCCAAGGCCUAUUAAAUCAUAGCCUAUAAUAGUGGAUAUUGAACUGGUUUCCUGACAAAACGAAAUAUAUUUUGUAAUUAUAUUCUAUUAAUGAAGACUUUGUUGUGAGACAUGUACAUGAAGCAGUAGCUUACACAUCAUGCCAGUGCUGUAAAAGAGACAGUGUGUAGGAUUUACUGUCUUGAGUAGUUUUCAAGUCCAGGGGCCAAAUUGUCUGGCUCUUUGAUAAAACAUGGCAAGCACCUUAAAAAAAGCACAAAUUGUGUUCCCCUACCUGGUUUUCAUAGAUUGAUGCUGCUAGUGUUCACAACCUCAUAAUGAUCAGCAGUGUUGUAUUGCACUUGACUGACAGCAGAAAUUAAACUAGCACUGGAGAAAUAAAAAUGUUCUAUAGUUCUAUAUUAAUAUGACAUGUUAUUUACAGAAAGAAAAACUGGCAAAAGCACUCAAGGAGCCAAAAUGUCUGUUCUUGAGUAAAAAAAUAAAUAACUACAAUAUUUACUGCGAGGCAUUUACUGAAGGACAUUAGUACUGAAUUUUUCUAUGGCAUAUGGCUUGUAUUAACACUUAUUUUAUUGAUGUAACGAAAAAUCUAAUCAACAUAUAUUUUGAAAUAAACUUCUAUUUACA